AUGGCAGCUGAAUCAUUUGUAAUGCAGUUGAUCGAAAGCCUAGGCUCUGCACUUGCCGGCGAAGUUGCUAAGGCCGUAUGCUCCCCGAUAAAACGAGAGGCUCUCCUAUCAUCAGAAGUGCAUAGCCGAAUGGGGUCCAUCAAGGGAGAGUUUGAACUGAUGAGAAGCUACCUCAGGGAAGUGGACAACAGGAGAGAUGACAGCCAGCUUGUGGAGGCAUGGGCGAGGAUCCUCCAAGACCUUGUCUACAAGGUGGAAGAUAUUGUUGAUGAAUACACCUACCUCGUUGGAGACCAGCAACGAAGGGGCUUCCUGGCUUUCCUUCAUAGAACUUCCUCAUACUAUAAAAAUAUCAAAUCUUGGCAUUCCAUCAAUUCUCAGCUAGAAGAAGUGAACACUAGGAUCAUCAACCUUGCAUCUCAAAAAGAACGAUAUGGUAUUGAAGAUGAAUCAACUAGUUCACAAGCUCCUGAAACAUAUCGGCAUCAUCAAGAUUACUCAUCUUACUUUCUCGAUGAAGAAGAAAUUGUGGGCUUUAAGAAGUACAGGGAUCUUUUGAUCGGAUGGCUAACUGAAGAGAAGCCACAGAGGACUAUAAUCUCGGUAUGGGGGAUGGGUGGCCUUGGAAAGACUACCCUAGCCAUGGAUAUCUACAAAAGUCGAGAAGUAAGGCGGCACUUCAAGUGCAAGGCCUGGGUGGUCAUCUCCAGCAUGUACAAAACAGUUGAUCUACUAAGAAAGAUUGUGAAAGAACUCUUUGAGGAAAACGAUGAGAUGCUCCCUCAGAACAUUGACGGCAUGUCCAUCAAAAGAUUGAUUGAGACAAUUCGCAAUUUUCUGCUAGGCGAGAGGUACCUUAUUGUUUUAGAUGAUGUUUGGGAUGCCAACGCUUGGUUCGACAUUGAUACAGCAUUGCUGGAUUCUAAAUGUGGAAGUAGAGUCAUUCUAACAACUCGAAUCCACAACGUAGCUAUGUUAGCACUUGAGACUCGUGUUCUAGAGCUGGUCCCCUUAUCUGAGAGUGACUCGUGGCUUCUCUUCUGUAAGAAAGCAUUCUGGAAGGAUGGAGACAGAAUUUGCCCACAAGAGGUGGAGUACUGGGCUAGAAAGAUCACAGAACGAUGCCGAGGCUUGCCGCUAGCCAUCGUGACAAUAGGAAGGGUUGUAUCAACAAGGGAGCAGAAGGAAGUAGAAUGGAGGAAAGUGUAUGAAGGUCUCAAGUGGGAGAUGAUACAGGACAGUAUGUCUGCUAUGGUGAGAAAUGUUUUGAGCUACAGCUUUAAGGACCUCCCACAUUAUAUGAAAAAUUGCUUUCUAUAUUGUAGCAUUUUCCCAGAGGAUCAUCCUAUAAAGAGAAAGAGGCUAAUCCGAUUGUGGGUUGCUGAAGGUUUAAUCAGGAAAGUUUCGGAGAGGACAAUGGAGGUGGAGGCAGAAGUCUACCUUGAUGAGCUUGUCCAUCGGUGCUUGCUUCAGGUUUCAAAGAGGAAUUACUUUGGGCGCGUGAAGCUCUGCAGAAUGCAUGAUGUAAUCCGUGAGCUAACUCUUUCAAUUUGUCAAAGAGCAAACUUCUGCAGAGUAUACGUCAACGAAGAGGAUGACUCAAUUGGUGAAGCGCGCCGCCUAUCAGUGCAAAAGGGCAGUGGUAAUCUUCAAUCAGGAAAUGUAUCCUGCACUCGUUCAUUCUUCCUCUUCGACACGAAAAAAAUGUCCUUAUUGAAUUCUGUAUCAACUAGCUUUCGACUAUUGAGGGUCUUGGAUCUAGAAGGUGUUCCUAUUGAGUCGAUACCUAAAGAAGUCACAGGUUUAUUCAAUCUGCAUUACUUAGGCUUGAGGAAAACUCAAGUUAGAGAUCUCCCUAAAGGCAUGGGAAGGCUUCAGAACUUAGAAACUCUAGAUCUCUACGACAGCAGCAUUGAGAGAUUGCCUCAUGGAGUGACGAAGCUGAAGAAGCUUAGACACCUAUUUGUGGAAAAAAUUCGUGAUCAAACAUAUGCUGAAAUUGGCAGCGAUCCCGGUGUCAAGUCGCCAAAAGGUAUAUGGAAUCUGACUAGCCUCCAGACUUUGCAGUCGACACAGGCAGAUGAAGAGAUUGUCCGAAACAUGCGGGGCAUGGUACAGCUCAGAACCUUGAGGAUAACCAAAGUGAGAGCCAAACACUGCGGGGACUUAUGUUAUUCUUUAUUAAAUAUGAGUCACCUAGAGAACUUGGACAUUGCCGCAAGUAAUGAAACGGAGGCACUACAGUUGGAAGAGUUGGAAGCAAUUGCAUGCCGUAUGCAGAAGCUAGAGCUAAGAGCUCCAUUGGAGAAUGGUGUGGUUCCGAAAUGGUUCAAAUCUCUCACGAAUCUAAGGCAUUUGGGCCUCUCUUGGUCAGGACUGCACGAAGAUCCACUUGCUUCCCUUGCUUCACUGCCUUACUUGGCUGUUUUAGGCCUCUACAAGGCCUAUGACGGGCAAAACCUCUGCUUCAAAGCUGGGGGAUUCAAGAAACUGAACAUGCUGAUGUUGGGGGGUUCGACAAAUCUUGAUUCGGUGAUCAUUGAGGAAGGGGCGAUGCCGGGGCUGAGAGAGCUGUGCUUGCUGAGGUGCAGUGGGAUGAGGCUGUUGCCCACGGGAAUUGAGCACCUUAAAGCACUUCAAGAAAUGUACCUGCUAGAGAUGCCGGAGGAGUUUAUCGAAAAAUUUCACAGAGGAAGCAGUGACAACGAGGAUGAGGAUGUCCUACAGAAGGUUAAACAUAUUCAUACUAUCAAGCAUGUUUUCCAGAGAGACAGCAGAUGGGUAUCAGAAAUUCUUUCCAGAUGAAACGUAUAAUACAGAGACAUCGUACCAUGCGAACAUGCUGUAUAGCACAAAUUAGAGCUCGCAAAGUUCAGCGAGUCUUGGCCUUCAUACUAUAUGUUGGUAUUAGUACCUAGCA